AUGCAAUCUGAGGUAGAAGUUUCCUGUGUUCAAUCGGAGCAAAAAUAUCCUAUAAAUCCAUCUGAAGCCACACCGCAGUCUACAGCAAUUGGUGCUAAGCCCUUAGAUGGGUGUGAUGAGAGCGCAUAUUCUAGAACGUCUAGUACUCCAGUAGGUGAUAGCAUGAGUGAAAAAUGUGAUAAAAAGUCUUUGGAUUCAGGAAAGAAUGCUGUGGUUGAUGAGACGAUCCCGACGUCGAAAACUUCGCGCUCCGCCUCGCGCAGGGCGCGUGUGGUUCCGCUAAACGCGCUGGAAGUUUCAUCGGAAGAGGUGGAGAGGCAUGGUCGCGGUAUCAGCGCGAACCAAUUCUGUGUCCGUUGGUGUGUGAAUGUGGCAUUGCAGUCCUUUAGGGAAGAGCCAUGGGCUGUGAAUCUUCGGCGGGUGGUGUUUGCGGAGCACAGUUCCCCUCCUAGCGAGGAUGAGCCCCAUGGCAAGGGGCUGGUGCCGACGAAUGCGGAGAUCGAGGGGUCUUUCGAGACGCCCCCCCCCUGCCCAAUCUCUAACCCUUGCGAGCCGGCCUUGGAGGAUCGGGAAGGGGACCGGGAGUCGCACCGAUCGGAUUCCUGGAGUAGCAAAUCGGUUUUGGAAGGGGGCGAGGGCAACGAGCACUCGGAUGCGCGGGGCCCCGACCUCCGGCCGCGUGGGCGAGGGGAUCGCAGCCACACCCCCACCGCGGCGAGCCGCUGUGGGAUUCAACUCUGCGCGGUGAAGUGGAGCCAAGAGGAGGCGAUGGUGGCGAUGCGGACGGCGGGCUCCAAUAACCCGUUCAUCACCCGUAGCGAACUCCGCAAGGAGUUGUGGCUGUUGCAGCGCGCCCUCAACGAGGUGAACGCGCCGCCGAUGAGCUUCCCGAACGACGAGCUCCUCCGGCAUAUCUUCAACGUCGAGUUCGUCCUCGCCCCCUGCGGGGGGGAGGUUGGCGGGGAAGGUGGCCACCAAGGCGGGCGGCAGGCGAGCUACACCCUUCGCCGGCCGAUCGAUCCGUUGCUGUGUAGCACCCUCCUCCCGGUCGUGAGCGCCGUGGUGGAUCACGGGGUGAACGCGAUGGCGUUGAUGUACGGCGCGACGCGGGAGAUGCGGCAGCUCGGGCUGAUCGGCACCCCCAAAGCCCUCGGGCUUUUCCCGAAGGGCAUCGCCUUGUUGAUGGAGCGCUACCUCGCGCACGGGCGGCGCGAGGCCGCCUCGCGGGAGGGAUCCCCCCCGGCCAAAGCGGAGGCGCUUUCCCGCCGCUGCGUUGAGGCGGAGCCCGUGGAUGGGGUCGGGGAGGGCCUCUGCCGCGCGGGCGAGGGCGGUGGGGUGGAGUAUUUCCCCCCGUCGGAUCCAUCCGAGGGGCCGCGGUUCGCACGGGUGGAGGUCAGUUUCGUCGCGUUCGACGCGAAGACGGUAGUGGAUCUUCUCGAGCUGAACAACCGCACGGUGGAGUUGGUGUUGAAGGUCGACGGCGGCGCGGAGGGGGGGGCGCAGACGGAGGCCUUCAUCCAGCACGCCCACGCGAUCCCGGUGGAGAGCACGAACGACGCCUUUUGCCUGCUCGACGUCGGCCUCGAGAACUUCGCGCAUACGCUGCAAAAAGGGUUGUUUGAGUCCGAAACGAACACCUCGUUGAUGUUCUCGCUUGGGUUGUUUCCCGCCGGGAACGGGGGCGCGGGGGAAGGAGGCGUGUUCAUGCGGAUGCUCUGCUUGGCCGAGGAUCAGGCCGUCCAGACGUGGCUGACGAGCAGCUUAGCGGCCUACCACCACGCGAUCCCGCCCGGCAAGGAAUCGCGCGCGGCCGCGAUGGGCAGCGUCCCGAUGCCGCCGCCGCUGCAUCAUCAGGCCGCGAACGUCCUCCUGCCGGCGGUUUACCACGGCAACGUCUUCACCUCCGUGAUGGUGUGCGUCUACAACUCCAUCACCGCGUUGCUUCGCGUGAAUCGGGAUCUCAGCCUCGCUGCGAUGGGGUAUCGCAUGCACACCACCCCGGUUCUCCCGCGCAGGGAAAAAGGAGGUCGUGAAGACAGAGGGGGAGGGGGAGGGGGGGAGAGGGAGAAGGAGAAGGAAAGGGAGAGGGAGGGUCGCCCGCCCUCGGCCGCGGCGGCGGCCUCCCCGGCGCCUACGGCGGUGGUGAUGGCGACCUCGCCGUUGCAGCGGAGUACCCUUUCGAUCGCAAACCCACGCUGGGGGUGGGGGGCACGGAUGCGGAGCCCGACCAAACGCACCCGGGGGUGCGUGGUCGGGAUUCCCCUCGGCGAAGGGGAUAAGGAUUACUUCUCCGCGCAGCAAAACCGCUAUGGAGGGGGGGAUUUAAGCCCGAACCGCCUCGACCCCCCCGCGGCGUUGCCCUCGGUGGAUAUUAGCAUCGUCGUGGUGGAUACGAGCGAUCACCUUCGGGUGGUGUUGAACGGCAGCAGCGGCGCCUCCGUGGCGGAGCUCUGCCAGGAGGUGCGGAACUCCAUCCCGAAGCACCCGCAGCAGUUCAAGGGAGGGAAAGAAAAAGGGAAGAGAAAAGGGAGGGAGGAGCGGGGCUUUCGCUACACCGUCGCGACGCGGCCGACCUCCCCACGGCCGAUUUCCCCACAGGGGUGGAAGGGAAGACUGGCCGCGCGGGACGCGGACGAAACCGCCAAGGCGUGUGGGGAGGAUGCCGACUCGCGGAGCACCUCGAGUUUGUCGGAAUCGACCCUCACCCUCAGCCCGAGCCUCUUGCCGACCUCGCGUUUGAGCGAAAGGGGGUUUGACGCCGCGACGGGGGCAAGUUCGAGUGUGGGGUUUGACGCCCCUGAAGCCGCCGUGGGGAGCCCGAAACCCCUCGAGGACCCCUUAUUGAAGGAUGGCGAGGAAUCCAAAAGCGAGGAGGAGGCGGGGCGGCCUCCCUUUGAGGACAUUUCUUGCCCCAUCGAGGGGAAUCCAGUCGACGACCCCCCGAGGAAUCCCUUCGAGAAUAUUUCUGAACUCAUCGAGACGUCGAAAUUUUACACCAACGUGAUUCAGGAAGAAGCAGUAGCGGCAUCCCAUGUGAGCCAUCCGGGGGCUUCGUUACAGGAAUCACCCUACCGUCGGACGAGUUCCGGUAGUGAAAAUCACGGCGGGUGUGCUGCCGCGUCGGACGCGCUCGCGGCUUCCCCAUGUGGGGUUGGAUCCUUUUCCCCCCUCGUACACCACUCCGAAAAGAAUGAAGGCGAGGAGGCCUUGCCCACAAACCUGCCAUCCGAGGCGGAGGACUUGGAAUCUUUACUAAACGAGUUCUCGAUGUUUUUUAGGCAUUCCUACGAGAACGAGCGGCGACUCAAGCAGCUCGAAGCGGAGUUAAAGAGUACACGCAAGGAGUUAGCGCGCGUCAGUGGCAUCACGCCCGAUCAAACCCCCGUGCCGACCGCUAAGAAGGAUGCCUCCGGCGGCGCCAUGUCGAUUAUGAUCGAUCCGCGCGUCCUUCUCGAGCGCAUGGAGGAAAAGCUGGAGGACAUCGGCCCGCCCGCGAUGCGCGAGCAUCUGAGGGCUCACAUCGAGGAUGGGAAGGCCUGGGGGAGCUCGGUGGGGAUGCCACCUCAGGGCUCCAGCAGCCAACUCACAGGUGAGAGGACGGUAGCUUUGGACGGGCAGAGCGUCAUACUAAACCUAUGGGAGGCUAUGAUUCGGCACAACAAGGAAGUUGAGCAAGAUGUUCGGUGGAAGGCCCACACCAAGUGUAAGGGCAUGAUUACGCAGCUUUCAAAGCGUCAUGAAGCGCUGCUGCUAGAGUGGGUUAAAGGGUACGAAAAUACGAUUCACACACUAGAAACCGAAAAUGCGUGCCUGCGGCAACUCAAUAGGCGGAAAGGCGAUACUAGCAAUCGUAGCAAUAAUCUUGAUAGGGGUACAUUACCUUGUCCAUCCCCGUCGCAGCCGCCUGAGGCGUCUAAACACCGUAUUUCGAUACCCUUUUCUUCUUCCGAAAUAUUGGCUCAGCAUAAGGCGUUAUUCGAUGAGCUGAUUUAUGAGGAAUAA